GGGUUUCGCAAGAACAAACGUGUGUGCUAUGUGCUUUUUCGUGCUGUGUUUAAAACAAUUGAUCCUCCAAAGACGCUAAAAACGUGGAUAACAACAGAUAAAGGCGAUGAAACCGAUGAAGAAGACGAACCGUAAGCAAUUCGAGCGGCUCGUUGAGCUGAUGAAGCAAAACCCAGAAUUCGCGGCAGGACACUAUAGGCCGGGAAUUCUCAGACCGAAUGUCAAGCAAAAAUGGAAAGAAUUCGCUGCGGUGCUAAAUCUCUUGGGACCACCGACGCGACCGGGGCACGAAUGGCAGAGAGUUUGGAUAGACAUGAAGGGCAAAGUGAAAAAAGUUUUGUCCCGCAACAUGCAGGAACUACGAGCUGGGGGAGAAGCGCAACCGAUUGUACAUUCGUUAUCGCCACUGCAACAGGAAAUCGAUGAGCUGUUGCAGUACUCAGCGAUCAUCAAAGUGGAGCAACUCGCCGACGAAUGUGGUCCGUCAGUCGAUCACGAGCCUAAUGGCCAGUUGGCGGCGUCCCCAGCGAGCAGCGAAUCCGAUGAAACAGCUCAACCAUCGCGUAAUCCCCGCAGAGCCGGUAAAAGAAAGCGCCGCCAACCAUUCGAAGAUGAACGGUACGCCCUGUUGACAAAACAGACGAAACUAAUGCAGCAAUCCGUUCAGCAAAUGGCGGUGAUCGGGGAAAACGUGGCGAAACUGGUGGGUGCGUUGAAUCAGCAAACUCUCGUGCUGAAACAAGCGGUGAAGCUAAUGGAAAAAAAUAUGGAAAAGAGGCAGUAGGUUUAAGGCGUGUUUAGUUUUAACAGUGAAGGUGAAUACAAAAGAGCAAACAAACAAAUUACUUCCUCAACUGCUCAACACGAUAGGAUAGAAGAAGAAAAAAACCCUUUUAUAUGAAUGUGAUGAGAUAGCAUCACCACCUGAAUUACACCUUAAACUGAACCGUGGUUUCAGGAAUGCCUGUACAGUAUGAUGAUGGAAAAAAGAAGAACACAUAGAGGGGCACCGAAUAAAACGCUAGCCGCGGCCCAACAUCUACAA